AGAGGUCGCAGAGCGGAGCAGAGCAGAGCAGAGCCCGGCGUUUACUUUGACUCGAAGUCUACGAUGACGUCCCCUCUUCUCUUUCGUCCCUUCCGCUGAGCGUAACUCACACACGCGAAAGCUCCAGGCAUCGCUCUAUGCUCGGGGAACUCUUAGGGUUUUCGCGCUUCCGUGGUCAUCAUCAUCCGCCAAUGAAAUCUGGAAGCCUUUAAGAGCCGGGGUUUCGGAAUCCACCGGUCCUCGGGGACGGCCGAUCUCAGGACUUGCGUAGGAUAUGGAGGGAAACAGGCGUCAGAAUGAGCGGAAUGGCGAGUUCGGACUAGGCGCGAGCGAUCGCAGGCUCGCCUACUCGCGCCAGCCCUCGUUCCGCCAGUCCUGGGAGCCCCACACCCCAAUCUCCAUCCAUCACGACGAUUCGGCGAAGCCCCUGCUUGCGCGGAGCGCAUCGAGCGUCGAGAUACCCGCGGGGUUUCAUUCGUUGGGCGAGGGCGAGGUAGGAGGAGAGGGGAAGGGGUCGAGUAGGCGGACGAGCGGGUUGCUUUCGGUGGUGUCCUUCUUCAACGUUGUAAGGUCUGGAAAUAGGCACAUGAAGAGGACGUUUUGGUUGAUUUCGCUUAAUGUGGCGUAUUCGACGGCCGAAUUGGCUAUCGGCCUUUUCACAGGCCACGUAGGUUUGGUUUCCGAUGCAUUUCAUCUGACGUUUGGCUGUGGACUCUUAACCUUUUCGUUGUUUGCAAUGGCUGCAUCUCGCAAGAAGCCUGACCGAUAUUACACUUAUGGGUACAAGAGGCUAGAAGUUUUGUCUGCAUUUACUAAUGCCCUCUUUCUUUUGUUCAUGUCAUUUUCCCUUGCUGUGGAAGCCCUUCAUGCCUUCAUCCAAGAUGAAUCUGAGCACAAGCACUACUUGAUAGUUUCGGCGGUUACCAACUUAUCAGUGAAUCUUAUUGGCGUAUGGUUUUUCAGAAACUAUGCUCGUAUUAAUAUAGUGUAUAGGAAAGCUGAAGACAUGAAUUACCACUCAGUUUGCCUGCAUGUUCUUGCAGAUUCCAUUCGUAGUGCAGGUUUGAUACUUGCAUCCUGGUUAUUGUCCAUUGGGGUUCAGAAUGCAGAGGUUCUGUGUUUGGGUCUAGUUUCAGUGGCCGUCUUUAUGCUUGUUAUGCCACUCUUUAAAGCGAGUGGGGGUAUAUUGCUCCAAAUGGCUCCACCUAGUAUGCCAACUUCAGCAUUGAGCAAAUGCUGCAGACAGAUUACUGCUAGAGAAGAUGUAAAAGAGAUAUCUCAGGCUCGUUUCUGGGAAUUGGUUCCUGGUCAUGUGAUUGGCUCACUUUCCGUACAGGUGAAGAAUGGGAUGAGUGAUCAAUCGUUGAUGCAGUUCGUCCCCGGUUUGUAUCAUGAUUUGGGUAUUCAAGAUUUGACAUUGCAAGUAGACGAUGUCUGACCUGACCUGUUUGUUGCUCUAUUCAACGGUUGGUAUUUGAAACUGUCAAUGUGUCUGCAUUACAUGGAUCUGCUUUCAAACAAUGGCUGGAUAGUUGUAUUAUUACAGUGGCAUUUAAUUCUUUCCAGUCCAGUCAUCCGAGUCGAGUCUUUUAUGCCUGAUCCUUAUGUAAUGAAGUUAUUGGAGGGAGAAUUGCGAGAAACUUGCUCCUUUA